AUGGACUCAGAAAGCUCGCAGGCGGGCUCGACGAGGCGACGAGGCUCGUCACUCGUCCAACAAAUCAUCAAUGAAGAACGCAUCGGCAUCAGGAGAGCCAGUCCGAGGAGAAUGCCUUCCGACAUUCCCGAAGCCGCCCACGCCGAGUCACCGCACAGCUACGACGACGAGGAAACCAAUCCAGUGUCAUCAGGCUCGGACUGGGAGAUGGAUGAUAUUCGAUCCGACGAAGGUCUCGAAGAUGAUGAAGAGACGGGCUUGACAAAACAGGAUCGCCAGAAGAGAACGAGACGGAAGAGGCGGAAUACGCUGGCCGACGAGCGAAUUGUUCCUGACGGCGACAUAUCCAAGGAAGAGGAACGUCUGGCCUCUGCCAGCUUCAUGCGCGAUGCAAUCAUAAACUGUAUACUCAUAGGACUGUGGUACACCUUCUCAAUAUCCAUCUCGGUCUACAACAAAUGGAUGUUCUCAAAAGGCAACCUCGACUUCCACUUCCCUCUUUUCACCACCUGCGUACACAUGCUCGUACAAUUUUUCCUUUCUUCGCUCGUCCUAUACUUCAUCCCCAACCUACGACCGAAACAUAAACCCGCCGAAUACGCGCCUGUUGCCCAGUCCGCAGAUGGAGAAACAAUCGAAGCACCUCGCAAGCCGCUCAUGACUGGCUGGUUCUACUUGACCCGCAUCGGUCCUUGCGGUGCAGCCACUGGCCUGGACAUCGGCCUCGGAAACAUGUCGCUCAAAUUCAUUUCUUUGACUUUCUAUACCAUGUGCAAAUCGUCCGUGCUGGGCUUCGUGCUUGUCUUCGCCCUGGCCUUCCGCCUCGAGAAACCGUCGCUCAAGGUUGGAGCUAUCAUUUUGACCAUGAUGGCUGGAGUCGUCAUGAUGGUCGCCGGAGAGACGGCUUUCAGCGUUCUGGGCUUUAUACUGGUUAUGAGCGCAGCUUUCUUUUCUGGUUUCCGCUGGAGUUUAACCCAGAUUCUACUUCUUCGCAGCCCAGCUACCAGCAACCCCUUCUCAUCUAUCUUCUUCCUGGCACCUGUCAUGUUCGCAGCACUACUCGUCAUCGCAUUGCCCGUCGAGGGCCCAAUCGAGCUUGCUGGUGGUUUGCGUGACCUGGCCGAUUCCAGAGGUGUCGCUGGAUCCGUCGGCAUCAUUCUUUUCCCUGGUGUACUCGCCUUCUUGAUGACUGCAUCAGAGUUUGCUCUUCUCAAGCGCACCAGCGCAGUGACAUUGAGCGUAUGCGGCAUCUUCAAAGAAGUGUUGACCAUUUCAGCUGCUGGAAUCAUAUUCGGCGACAAACUCACACCGAUCAAUAUCUCUGGACUGGUAGUAACUAUCGCCAGUAUCGCAGCAUACAAUGUCAUGAAGAUGCGAACCAUGAGAGACGACUCAAAAAGAGAGGCGCAUGAGCAGAUAGUGGCAGCGGAAUCGAGGCGGUCGAUUGAGGAGAACAGCGGCAAGAUCAGCAAGGAACACCCGCGGAAGACAAGCACAGCAGGGGCGAUGAUCAGAAACAGUCUUAGUCUCAACAUUGCUCCAUUGCUGGAACAAAACACAAAAGACAGAGCCAGCCCAGUCAAGAGACCUGAGGACCACGAUUAG